UUUUCCGCUCACCCGGUUCUCGUGUCCCCCUCCCUCUCUCUUACCAAAGUCCCAAACAGACAACCACAGAGAAGAGAGAGAAAAAAAAAAAAAGCAAGAAUCUAGAAAAACCAAAACAAACAAAAAAAGCGAGAAAACGAAGGAGAAAACAUAGCUCAGAUAUUUUCCUUCCAAAUACGACACCGUCCCCAAAAGUCACCGGAUCCGACGUCGUUUUCGACAGAUCGGAGUCCCCUCGCCUCAGAUCUGAAAUUUAGAUAAAAACCCACGUUUGUUACUGAAGAAGAAGAAGAAGAAGAAAGUGUGGUUUUGGUAGAGAUGGCGCCGAGUACGAUACGGAAGGCGAUCGGGGCUGUGAAGGACCAAACCAGCAUCGGGCUGGCCAAAGUAGCGAGCAACAUGGCUCCGGACCUCGAGGUUGCAAUCGUGAAAGCCACGAGCCACGACGACGACCCGGCCGACGAGAAGUACAUCCGGUCCAUACUCCACCUCACUUCUUAUUCGCGCGGAUACGUCCACGCCUGCGUGUCCGCCGUGUCCAAGCGUCUCGGCAAGACGCGGGACUGGAUCGUGGCUCUCAAGGCGCUCAUUCUAGUCCACCGCUUGCUGAACGAGGGCGACCCCGUGUUCCAGGAGGAGAUUCUCUACGCCACGAGGCGAGGAGCGAGGCUUCUGAACCUGUCGGAUUUCAGAGACGAAGCUCAUUCUAGCUCAUGGGACCACUCUGCUUUUGUUCGAACCUACGCUAUGUAUUUGGAUCAGCGACUCGAGAUGGUGCUUUUCGAUCGGAAAACCUCUACUUCUUCUACCUCUACUUCUACUGCUGUUGUUCCAUACGACGGCGGCAGAGAUAAUUUCCGGUCUCCGCCGCCGUCGAGGCCUUACGAGUACGAUUACGGCGGCAGCGGCCACGGCCACGGCGAUGGUAGUGGGUACGGGAGCUAUGGCGGGAUGAGGCGGACACGGUCUUUCGGAGAUGUGAGCGAGGUGGGUCAGGAUAAGAGGGGCUCUGUGGUUGUGACCCCAUUGAGGGAUAUGAAGCCUGAACGGAUAUUUGGGAAGAUGGGUCAUUUACAGAGGCUAUUGGAUCGGUUCUUGUCGUGCCGACCGACGGGUUUGGCGAAGAAUAGCCGUAUGAUUUUGAUUGCUUUGUAUCCUGUGGUGAAAGAGAGUUUCCAGUUGUAUGCUGAUGUCUGCGAGGUUUUGGCUGUUUUGCUUGAUAAAUUUUUCGACAUGGAGUACCCGGACUGUGUUAAGACUUUUGAUGCUUAUGCUAGUGCGGCUAAGCAGAUUGAUGAGCUUGUUGCGUUUUAUAAUUGGUGUAAGGACACGGGUGUGGCUAGAUCUUCGGAGUAUCCGGAUGUGCAGAGGAUUACUGGUAAGCUUUUGGAGACAUUGGAGGAGUUUGUGAGGGAUAGGGCCAAGAGACCCAAGAGUCCAGAGAGAAAACCGGAGCUUCCGCCUGUGCCUCAGGAGGAGGAGGAGCCAGUACAGAGUAUGAAUGAGAUAAAGGCAUUGCCUCCGCCGGAGAAUUACACUCCUCCGCCUCCCCCGGAGCCGGAGCCUGAGCCUCCUAAGCAGGAAGUCAUUGAAGACUUGGUGAAUUUGAGAGAAGAGGCGGUUAGUGCAGAUGAUCAGGGGAAUAGGUUUGCAUUGGCUUUGUUUGCUGGUCCGGCGAAUGGUGCAAAUGGGUCAUGGCAAGCAUUCCCAUCUAAUGGACAGCAGGAAGUGACCUCGGCUUGGCAGACUCCAGCUGCUGAACCUGGAAAGGCUGAUUGGGAAUUGGCAUUGGUCGAGACGGCCAGCAAUUUGUCGAAGCAGAAAGCAGCAAUGGGUGGUGGGAUGGAUCCGUUGCUGUUGAAUGGAAUGUAUGAUUCAGGAAUGGUGAGGCAGCAUGCCAGUACUGCCCAAUUGAGCGGCGGGAGUGCCAGCAGUGUGGCAUUGCCAGGGCCGGGGAAGAGUGCCACGCCUGUAUUGGCUCUCCCAGCCCCGGAUGGAACAGUCCAGACAGUAAAUCAGGAUCCAUUUGCUGCAUCAUUAAGCAUUCCGCCCCCAUCUUAUGUGCAAAUGGCUGAUAUGGAGAAGAAACAGCAUUUACUUGUGCAGGAACAGCAGGUAUGGCAGCAGUAUGCCAAGGAGGGGAUGCAAGGUCAAGCUAGUUUGGCCAAGAUGACCGGAGCCGGAUACUAUGCUGCAGGCCCGAUGCCCAUGAUGCCUUAUGGAAUGCCACCAGUCAGUGGAAUGGGAGCUCCGGCCGGGUAUUACUACGCUCCUUACUGAUUUUGCCUUGUCCCACAUAACUAUAAUCGCUUCUCGAUGCCUAAUUCCUUGUUGGUUUUCUAGUGUUUUACCUCAUCUUAAUGCUGCUAUCUGUGUAUGAGAACGGUGGGGGAGAGACUCAGGGGGCUGUGUUGAAAUGAUGUUUGUGAUAUUUGGAGAAAUUGCUGCCGGGAAUGUGUAAACUAAUCAUGAUGUCUCUUUGUGUUUUGUAAUAUUAGAUUUUCUUGACAUAUUUUCAUUCAUGUGUUCCUUGUUUUAGAAACAUGAAAUUAACUCCAUUGAAUUUGAUUUUUGAGUA